CUACAGUUGCUUUCGUUUUUUCAUCCUCUCCUCCUUUCUCAUCUCGCGAUAGAGCGGCGGAGUGGUUUGACGGGCAGUCGAGGUUGCAGCAGGCAGAGGGAGACGGUGGAAGGUAAAGCAGGGAGGCAGCAUCAUGGCGGACAGAGACAGUGGCAGUGACCACGGAGGGCCCACCGCAGGCCCCGGCUCGCUGCCCCCGGGUGCGAUGGGCGCCAUGUCCCGGCUGCAGCACGACACCGAGGAGCUCGCCUCCAAGCGCGUCGACAUCCAGAACAAGCGCUUCUACCUUGACGUGAAGCAGAAUGUUAAAGGCCGCUUCCUAAAGAUAGCUGAGGUCGGGGCUGGGGGAAACAAGAGCCGCCUCACUCUCUCCAUGUCGGUUGCCGUGGAGUUCCGCGAUUAUCUCGGGGACUUUAUCGAACAUUACGCCCAGCUGGGCCCGACCAACCCGGACAUGGUGCAGGAUGAGCCCCGGCGGGCGCUCAAGAGCGAAUUCCUGGUGCGCGAGAAUCGGAAAUAUUAUAUGGAUCUGAAAGAGAACCAGAGGGGGCGGUUCCUGAGGAUCCGACAGACCGUUAAUCGGGGGCCCGGAUUGGGAAGCGCGCAAGGCCAGACCAUCGCUCUGCCGGCGCAGGGUCUCAUCGAGUUCCGUGACGCUUUGGCCAAACUCAUCGACGACUACGGCGUGGACGAGGAGCCCGCAGAGCUCCCGGAGGGCACCUCGCUCACGGUCGACAACAAGCGCUUCUUCUUUGACGUGGGCUCCAAUAAGUACGGGGUCUUCAUGCGGGUCAGCGAGGUGAAGCCCACGUACCGGAACUCCAUUACGGUUCCGUGCAAAGUGUGGUCCAAAUUCGGCAACACCUUCUGUAAAUACGCGGAGGAGAUGAGGAAGAUCCAGGAGAGGAGUAGAGAGAAACGGGCCUCCGAACUGCUACCUGAGGGCCCACACGGCGGAGAUGACGGCGACGAUGACUGACGCGGAUUUCAGGAGAGCAGAAACGAAACAACAAAGACAAAACUGAACUCUGAAAGACUUUUAACUGUAAAAUAGAAAGAGAAUUUCCAAGGGAAUCACCCCACACACACAACCUCCACAGACAUGGCAGCACCUCUGCUGUCUCUUCGCUCAUUUUACUGGAUGUCACCCCACUUACCACCCAUGUAACAGUAAGCCGCUGCUAUCAAGGAUUGAACUGUAAGAUAUGAACUGUUUCCUACUUGAUUUAAAUGACAAUGAACAGAGUGUUUAUAUCUCUAUCAAAUGACAGAUUUUGCACACAUCAAAGCUAUUUCGAAAAAAAGAAAUGUUUAAAUGUUUUCAAACUGGUCAUAUGCUAAGAUUUAAUCAAACAUAAAACCAGAGGUCUAUUAUAUAAAAUGACAGUCUUCAUGUAGAACGAAUAUUUGACAUCAGCACAAAGAGAAUAUAUGAUGGACUUUCUGAAACCAAAAUCUGAUACCAGAUGUAUAGUUUAUUAUAAAGGUACGCAGAAUAAAUAUGAAAGCGCUCUAAAAAAAAGUGUAUGAAUUGCAGAACGCAGCACUGCAGGCCUGUAAACACCUGUCAGCAUGCGUGUAGGCUCAUGUUUUUAAAAGAAGUUUGGCAAAGUAGGCUAUAGUCUUUAAUUUGACCUCAAAAGUAGGAGCCUAAUGAAAGCAUUUCCAUCAUGCCAUAAUGGAAAUGUUGAGACUCAAAAGAAAAAAGCCUAUUUUGUGCACCUCAAACAAAUGGGAUAAAUCUGUCUCUGAGCUACUAUAUUGAAUAUCAACUCUCUUGCACCAUGUCCACAUAAACCUAAAUGAAAAAAGUGCUAACUUAGAUGUACUAAUUAUGAUUUUGUGAAUCAGCUGUAAAAAAAAUCCUUAUUAAGAUACCCACGUUUUCUGUGGGUUAAGUUUUUUCUUUCUCUUACUUUGUUGUUUUUCCUCGGGGGGGUGGGGGAUGCAAAACGAUGAGGUCCACUUGUGGGAGCGCAAGGCGCAGAAACAAAAAAAAAAACAAACAAACAAAAAAAAGAGACGCGUCAGCGCAGCCAGCGAGGCAAUGCAUCCUCUCUGACGUCAUUACGACCCGUGCCUUAUACACUCCACUCGUUUACGUGUUCUCACGUGGAUGGUCUGUGACCUCGACCGCUGUACGUUUUCAUUUACGAGUGCUGUUAUGUAGGCCGAAAUAAUACUCACCAGGGCUGCGGGAUUCACACUCCUGUGGUACUUAGAGCAUGGGUGGCAACAGCGAAAGUGAGCUGAAAGGCUGCUGGGAGUUUGAGGGCCAACAAUGGUAGUGGGCAAAAACAAGAGAGUAGGCCCUUCUGAAAGAUGAGGUGCUGCCAUAAAAACACUUUGGAAGUGAGGGUGGAGAAGGGUGCCACACUUGGCACCCUGAAGCCCAGAAUCCUUAGCAGCACCCCUGGCCUGGUGGCCUCACACAGAGUAGAGAUGUGUCUCCCUGGAACAGAACAACCCAGGAUGUACCACCUGUGGCAGCACUGGGUCUGACGCCCAGUGGACCCCAUGGCGAUUCAUCUGGAGAUGUUACAGGUGGCUUUGCACACCAUAUGCACCAUGAUGUAAAAAAAGAAAAAAGAAAAAAAAAGAAAAAAAAAAAGAAACAACAACAACAAAAAACUAAAUCAGGAAUGAAUGGAUGAGGCUGUUUGUCAGAGCCGAGAUGGCUGCUGUUAAAGAGCCAGGCAGUCAGCCGUCUAAGCGGCUAGCUGACCGGUCCCAAGCCCUUAGUCUGAGUGCAGUUCAGUGGAUGUAGAGGCCUAUCAGUGCAGGGCCGAGGCACUAUCUAUCUCUUUAUGGUGCUACAGCCCCUUGAUCGCUCCAUGGGGGCCUCGCCGCUCAGAAUAUGUCACUUUUGCAUUAUUUUUAUUCUGAUGCUCUUUUUUUUUUCUUCAAAGUUCUUUUCUCCACUUUAUGUUGUCCAAGACAUGUCAGGUUUCUCCCUCCCAGGCAGAGAGGACUGACUAGUGUAGGACAUUUCAUAUUAGUGUGCAAUAUUGUGUACGUGCCAAUAGUGGCAUUGUAUCACGUGUAUAGACUAUUAAAGGACGAAAAAAUGUACAGGCUAUGUGAUCAGUAGAUAUUUGAAAGCAUGACAAUGAGGUUAAUGCAUCUGCAUUAUUUUUCCGAAAUGUGAAGUCUUUCUUCUCCGAAACACUUGCUCAAAGUGCGAAAAAAAAGUCAGACUAGUAGUGAGGUAUUUAUUCUGUCACGUUCUGUAAACCAGUAGGCUGCCUUGUCUGUAUAUCAGUACAUGUAGACUAGUUCAGGUGUUUUACGUUCCCCCCUGCGAAGUCACCCCAGAGAAAAACCCUUUCCGUCCUCGACCUCCCCAAACACACACAUAAGGCAGACAGACAACCUCUAACUGUCUCCAUGUCAGCCUCUCUGCAGUGGCCCACACCGAAGCUGAAUAGUAUCUUGGGGCUUCGAGGGGUGGCUGACACAUACACACAGUCUCUCCCUGUUGAGGCCUCUUGUUGCUAUCUGAGUCUUUGGGAGGCCUCUAAAGUAUUUUGAAUGGCGCCUAGAGCUGCACAAGGCCUCCUGUCAUUAGAAGCCAGGAAACUGUGUGUUUGGAGCCUGACCACAACCCCCUCUCUCGCCUGGGACUGCCGAUGGCAGGACAGGUGAACCAGGAGAUGUCUUUGGCUUCUCUGCAGUUUAACGUGAGUUAGGUGAUAGUGAUCGGCUGCAGCAGACCCAAAGGACAGAGAAGUUUGUUGUUGUUUUUACACUGAGGAUUAAAAUCCUUCUCACUGACAUGGGCAGACUCUGAUCUCAUGUCUGCUACUCUUCCCAACUCGAUAUUCAAAGCUAAAAAAGUCCCCGGCUCUUCGUCUGUGCAGCAAAACUUGUCCAAAUGCCCAAAUAUGCUUUGUCAGACGCACAGCCCAUUGCUUCUUCUUGACCUGAUCGACCUCUAGGCUUACAGUGAAGGGCUAGUUAACAAUCAGUAUGCUCCAAGUGGUUAGUUUACCUAUCAGCUUCACUUAAAGCAGGUUGGCCUUCAACAGCUAAUGCGACUGAGCCUGGACACAGGCCCUGUCAGAGUGGUGUGCCACCUGGGAGGUAUGAAGGGGAAAUACAGACUACAUGGACUGCAGCUUUAGAGGCCUCAGUUGGAUAAAAGCUGCUAAUGUCAUUACAGCCUGGGCCUGCCAGACAUGUGCGAUAGGUAAGGCUAGACUAAAGCAAAAUUCCUCAAAGCACACCUGGACUGAAAUAGUAUCAGAAUUCCUUUUGAAUCCUUGCUCUAAAAAGUUAAUCUGUGUUUGAUUGGGCAUGUCUGUGGCAAUGGAGCCAACAAAAAUGUUCCAGAAAAUCCCAUCUGUUCCACACAGGACAUUUUGGCGCAGAUUUGUCUCCAAGUGAUGGUGAAAGGCCUGAUGAAGACUGGCACUGCACUGUAGGGGCUUACCAGCAGCAGCCUACCACGACCUACUGACCCGGCUGUCAGACAGAUCCAGUUAGGACUUUUCUCUCUGUUUUGCAGAAGAACAGGAAAUCUCUUUCCCCUCUUGCGUAGAUGACUAUAUUUCCUCACACUGCUCUGUGAAUUAUAAAAGCCCAUUUUCAUUAGACAUGCAUACAAGCCACCUAUGACUAUGUGCCCUGCAAAGCACAUCUGAGGUCAAUCAGAGUUCAUCUUGAGUUCAACAUGAAUCUGGACUGUCUGUCGUAGUAUGGCACUUCCCCAAAGCGUUCUAGCUUUAGCUUGAUUGAAUUUAGGCCUCCAGGAGGCUCACACUACAUGAAGACUGGAAAUACAACACUUCCUCUUUUUUCUCUUUCUCUAAUAGCCAAAUAUAAGGGGAGCCUGAACCUGCUCAUAGAGUUCACUCUGUGAAUGCCUCACUCUGUGAAACGCACACAUUUUCUUAAAAAUUAAGGGACGAGUCUUCUUGCUUCGUAACUGACUGUAAUUGCCAGGUGCUACUGGGUCAGUUGUGUUUUAGUGCAGAGCGAUUCAGUUGUGAAACGUGAACCGUGCAUUUUGGGUUUGUAGCUGCAUCUGAGUAACAGAAUGGGGGGCACUUGCGCUUUUCCUGAAAACAGCAAGAUCAAAUCGGAUUUUUUCAGUUUAUGAGAACUCGCCUAGUGUCACAGCAAAAUGUUGAGUGACCUUGCAGCCAUGUUGCACCCGCAUAACAUGCUUAUCCAUUUCUGAAACUCAAACGCAAAAUGGCAAGCAGAUGUUUUUGUCUCAUUUUCUGCGUAAAGCGUUAGUGGUCAAGCUGUGCUGUCCUCAGUGGCUCUGGCUAAGUUCAGUGUACAUGGGUGAUGUUGCACUAAACGUGUUAGCAUUGACGAGAACCUUGUUUUGAUUUAUUAUACAGCAGUAGCCAUCGUAGCAAUCCCUAAUCAUGACGUUCUCCUGUCUGUAAGAAUUGCAGUGUUUAGUUUGUCAAAUUUUAUUUAAAGGCGUUUAUUUUUCAAGCAACAGCUGACUCGACCAUUCCUCACACAUUUCAACUGAUGGGAAGAGAAAAAUGUAAUGGUAGAUGUAACUCAAAAGUGCAGCAGUAGGAACUUGUUGCAUCUACUCAAAAUCAGAUUGCUAUGAUGGCUCCAGCUGCUUCAUCUGCUUGUUCCUCCUGUCUUGAAUGGAGACAUUUUAUUCACAUUUCUCACUGUAUUCAAACAGCCACAUAUACAUAUACUUAAAACAGCAAACUUCCUCAAUUGAAAUGUGGGUGGCAGCUGCCUGCCUUUAGCAAAUUACACUUCCAUAAGGUGCGCCCUGUUUCUGGCUUCAGUGUUGUAGUCUUUCAUUGGCCAUUCAGAGUUCCUGGUUAGUCACACAGCCAAUUACAGCCUCUGGUCAAAGCCAAGCACUAUAUGACUCAUCACAAAACCACUGACAGAGGAGCUCAUUCAGCACGUCUUCUGUUUGCACAUGCACCGAGUAGGGUCCAUUAUGUUUGCAGACUGUAUAGGCUACUGUCAUGUAUAGUUAUAAAGAUGUUCUUUAAAAUGUUUUGAAGAUGUUGGGAAAUGGAUCCUGGAUUUUAAGGGGUGGGGUCAAUGCACAAUGAACAUAUCCCAUGUCACCGUUUGGUCUAAAUCCCUUUACCAUCCCCAUAUGAGAUAAUAUGUUGUAUCUUUUAAAACUAUUUUAUCUGUGGCGUGUGUGUGUGUGCGUGUGCGUGUGUGUGUGUGUAUAUAUAUAUAUAUAUAUGGUUUGUUAUAUAUGAUGCUCCUCCUUUCAGAAAAUAUAACAUGUAAACAGGAAAAGCAUAUUGCUGUUUUUUUCCUUUGUAUUUUAUACUUACAGAAAGCAUUGAAUAAAAUGGAUAAAUACUUGCACUUUAGAUAUAUUAAGAAAAAUAAAAAUCUGCAUAUUAUUUUUGAUAGGGAUCUCACAUUCAAAGAGUAUAAAUUACAGGCAUUGUGACUAUUGCUGGACAGAGAUGUAUUGAGUUCUACUUAUUGAAGUAUAUUUUGUCUGUGUGUCAGAAGGUUUACUAAAGUAAAUUGCAUGACAAAGUAGUGCUACACCGAUAUUGUUCUUUUUUUUCUGUUUGGUAAAAAUGUCUGAAAACUGUGAUAACAAGCCUCUUGUAUCAUGUCUAACCUCUCCUCACCCCUACUAGAAUAUUUCUUACUGAAAUAUGGCCUUUCCUGACUACAUGACGAUGGUGCUUACUUUGGCUUUGACAUCAAGCUCAUCCUAUACAUCUCAACAUCAUCAUAACUCACGUCCUUACACUUCAUUACUUUCUGUUAUGUACCCUCACUACCUUAUUAAAUUUCCGUUGAUGGCAAAAAAGGUGUGCUGUUUUGUACAUUGCUGUUUGUUUUAAUGUUGGGGGAGCCUUGUUGUCUGAAAAGUGACUAAUCGCGCAAUAAAAAGUCAUUCCACA